AUGACGGCACUCUUUCGAUGGUUCCGGAAGUCGAGCUGCAAGCGCCCUGACUCUCUAACUUCUUUCGAAAAACCCAAGCCACUCUAUAUUCCUAAAAAUCUCGAGUUCGCCUGCGCCAGAAAUCCAGAGGAGAAAUCCGGUCGUCUUGUGGUCGAGAUGAUUUGGAUAGAUGAAAUAGACAUCGAAAAACUUGAGAUCAGAGCCAUUGACCAAAGUAUCGUUAAAGAUGGAAAGAUAGGGGUACUCUUCGGUUGUGGUGACCUGGAAUUCGAGUUAUCUGUUUCACGCGAUUAUAUGAAACAUACCGACCAAAAAGUACUCAACUCGUCCUGUGAGCACCACAUCGAUUUUAUUCUCCCUGGUAAAAAAAUGCCACCCUCUUCCGCCAACCAGGUAAUCAGAAACCAGCAGAGGUCGGAGAUUGCAACUCGUCUAUACCUCAUCGACAGCUGGUUAUUGCACGAAUAUCAGGUUGCUGGGCGUGUUAAAACCUCUAUAAAGGCCCCUGACUACCAUAAAAAGGGGAUAAGCACUCUUGAAAACCUGCUCAAAGAACGUGAAGCCGAACUCACAAAGUUCUACGUGGAUGAACUGGAGGCAAACGGCGAGGCCAAGGUUGAUUGUUCUGUGGAAAAGCUCCGGCAAAAGGUUUUGCAGAUUCGAGAUAGAGAUCCUUUUGUUGGUUAG